GCCUGACGAGAGGGGAACUUCGGGAACUCAAAGGGAUGGGAGUGGCCGCCUCAGCCAAUCACCUCUCGGUCCAUCCUGGACAGGGCGUGCCAGUUAGCCCACGACCAAUCUGUGGCCGAGCCAGGGACAACAGGGAGGGAGCAUCGUCUCGCCAAUCCGAAGUGCUAGAAGGCGGGCCUAACAGUCCCUGGACUGUUGCGGCGCCAUGAAUAUCCUGCCCAAGAAGAGUUGGCACGUCCGCAACAAGGACAAUGUCGCCCGCGUACGGCGUGACGAGGCCCAGGCCCGGGAAGAGGAGAAAGAGCGUGAGCGGAAAGUGCUGCUCGCUCAGCAAGAGGCCCGCACAGAAUUCCUACGGAAGAAAGCCAGGCAUCAGAAUGCACUACCUGAGUUUGAAGCAGCAGGGGCAGGAGCCCCAAGUUCUGGCCCCGUGGACCUGUUUCGGGAGCUGCUGGAGGAAGGGAAAGGGGCAACCAGAGGCAAUAAAGAAUACGAAGAAGAAAAGCGACAGGAGAAAGAGAGGCAAGAGAAAGCUCUGGGCAUCCUGACAUACCUGGGCCAGAGUGCAGCAGAGGCCCAGACUCAGCCCCCUUGGUACCAGCUCCCCCCCAGGCGAGGGGGCCUUCCGCCUGGCCCAGGCCCAGAAGGGAAGCUCAAGAGCCGCUUGGAUCCUCUGCGGGAGAUGGAGAAGCAUCUGGGGAAGAAGAGACGCCACAGCAAUAGCGAUGGAGGUUACGACAGGAAGGAGAAGAAGGAGGGAUCCGAGAAACAGCGGCCCAAGGAACCACCGUCCCUGGACAAGCUUCGAGCUGAGCGUCUUCGGCGGGAAGCAUCUGAGAGGGCUCGGGCAGAGGCCCUGCUGGCCCGGGUCCGAGGUGGGUCAACCCAAGAAGAGCAACCAGAAGAGGAAGAGACAGACGAACGGCGGCGGCAGUACAACUCCCAGUUCCACCCCCAGCUGGCCCGGCGCCCCCGCCAGCAGCUCCCCCACCUUUCUCACUGACUUUGGCUGGGAACAAGGCCCUGACAUCUCUUUGCUCCUGAGGGGGCACAGGAGAGGCCGCUGCUGCCAGCCGUCAUACAAAACUAUUUAUUCAUAAAUAU